AUGACCCAUAGCCCUGUAAUCAUCAUCGGAGCAGGCAUUUCCGGCAUCAAGGCCGCCAUUGACCUCCAGAAGGCUGGCAUCGACUGUGUGAUCUUGGAGGCAAGAGACAGGUUGGGUGGUCGGUUAUUAUCGAUCGACACCGCCAACCCCGACAUCAAGUAUGACAUGGGCGCUCUGUGGUUCCACGACUCGUUGAACAACCCCUUGUAUGACAAGGCCAUCGCCAAGGGCAAUAUCAAGUACUACUACGACGACGGGUCUCAGAUCUUGUACGGCAAAGGCAAUCCCCACAUCGACACCUCGAGACUCGAGCCUGUGGUGGCAGAAAUCAUGACCUACACCCAGUUGGUCUAUUCGCGGGAUCCCUCGCGGCCAGACGUAUCGUUGAAGGAGUUGUGUCACGAGUACAUUGCCCAGCACGCCUCCCAAUUGGAUGAGGUCCAGUUGCAAUAUGCCACGGGUGUGGUGAGAAUGUGGGCCGAGCUCUGGCACGGUGAGUCCUGGGACCGUCUCUCUGGAAGAUACGCAUUCCAUGGCUCCGAUCACUUGGGAAGAAACGUAUUUGUGUUGAACGGCUACGUCAGUGUCUUCAACAACGAGCUUAACGAGCUCUCGCCUAGUUUCAGGGAAAACAACAUCAAGCUAAACACCCAAAUCAAAGCCAUAGACUACUCCAACCCCAAAAAUAUCACCGUGACCGAUACUAACGGCAAAAAACAUUCGUGCCAGUACUUGAUAUCCACAAUUCCGCAGUCUCUACUUACUAUCACCGACCCUAGUGAUUCUGGCAGGAUCGAAUGGACCCCAAAGUUGCCUGCCCACAUCACCUCUGUUCUCCCAAGUGUCUAUUUCGGUUCGCUUGGGAAGGUAUUCUUCGAGUUUGACGAAGCUUUUUGGCCCAAGGACGUGGACAGAUUCUACGCAAUCUCUGAAAGUGACAUCACUUCAACAGAAACCAUCAAGCCAUGGGAUUACUCUGCCAUUUUCGUCAACCUACAGGCGGCUGCAAACUUCCCAGCUUUGGCCACCAUUAUCCAGGACCCAGUCUCGAGGUACAUCGAGAAUUUGGACCCCAAGGACAAGGACGCCAAAAUAUGGGCGCUUUAUAAGCCCCUCCUCCAACAAGUGUCGCAACUCAAGGAUAUUCCUCAACCCAAGAAAAUCAUCCACACACCAUGGAGCAAUGACAAGUUUGCCAGAGGAUCGUAUGCGACAGUACCAGUUGGGUGUAUCAAUCCAGAAGAAAUCAUCGAAGCUUUUGGCAAAGGGGUGGACGGCAGGAUCCGGUUUGCUGGUGCUGAAACCGUGGGUGAUAGUGCCAAUGGCUGUGCUCACGGGGGAUGGUUUAGUGGCCAGAGGGAAGCUGCGUUCAUCAUAGACAAGUUGAAGUCUAACCUAAAAUCUAAGCUCUAG